GCAUUUCCUGCUUCUUCCGCAAAACUACUUUUGCUUUUCCUAAAUAACAGCGUUUUUAAUGGUGUCUUUGAAUCCUAAUCAGCGUCACUACAGUGAUCCUUUUGUGAGCGCCUCCCUGCUCGAGGUGUUGCAGUGCAGGAAGCGUUCUCUCGCUAACGCGGCGAAUCCCACCUCCUGUCUGCAUCCAAAAGCCCAAUCUGAGCCUGGACACGCCACAGACUGCCAACGCUGCACCUCUGCCCAGAACCAGUCACUAUUAUCACCUCGCUCGUCCUCCCAUCAACACUCUCAUCAUGACUCAGCGAGUCACUCCACUUCCUCCCUCCUUCCCGGUAAUUCGCAGCCUCCCUCCGAGCGGCGUCUGCGCGUCACCCGCGGCCCACGGGCUCAGCACCAGUGCAAGGCUUGCAUGUCUGUCCUCCUGAGAGACAGGGCGAAGGGAGGCGGGUCCCUGGGACACGCGCACCCGCGCUCCCUCUCCACAUGCGCCCCGAUCGCUCCAGCCUCUGAGCCGUGCACGCCCACGUCGCCCCAUCGCUCAGAGUCUCCUUCAGUCGCUCUCCCCCCAGUCCUCUCGAACUCCUCUCCGUCAUUGCUCAGUCAAACAAACCUGCUGACUUCACCUCUGCGUCGUCCCUCGCCGCCACACGCGGUGCCACCGGGGAGUUUGUACGAAGGAGGCGAUCUGUCUCUCCUCAACCACUGUCUCCAUCACAUUGUCAGUCGCAGGACCAGCUCUCCCACCCUAACUGAGAGAACUACUAACUAUCCAUUGCUCAGACAUGGGGAUAUUGGGAAUAUCCCUAUAGAUGUUGAGCUUAUAUACAAAAGUCAGAGCCUGGAUGUCGCACUUUUCUGCAGCCCAAAUCUGGACAGGAGGCUGCAGCUGUUGCCAAAUGACCUCAAAGACAGACCCGACCCACUGGUAGGCCACUUAACUUAGGCUUUAUACUGCUGUAGCAUCAGCCUCUGGUAUCAAGAACCUGCCGGCUGCUUGGUUCCUCUGGCCCUUCAGUGUGAUAGCAAAGUGCAGUGCGUAGUCCCUGCUCACGCUUAAUCCGCAGUAGGGCUUUUGUGAGAUGAGGGUGUAAGCGCUUACACUAUAUCUGCAAGUGUAUGUCAGUGACCGUGAAGGAUGGCUGAUAGAUUAAAGCUGUAAUCUUCCCUUUCUACUCCAGCUUCCCUUGAGGAACCUUCCCAGCAGCAAACAUCUCUCUGCCGCCCCCCUGCUUUUACCAAAUGAACUGAAAACCCGAUCUCGAAUUUGUUGUAGCACUCUUCCAUCUUCUGCGGCGUCGAUGCGUCCUACGAAUGAGUGUGUUCCUGUGUGUUUC